CGUAGAGACGUAUCGUACCUGCGCUGGCGACUCUCUUGGCCUGAAAGUUUGGCAAAAGCAGAGAUAACGGAUAAAUAAACAUACUUUUUUACGAUUUGUGCAAGUAUUGAAGUUAUAGUAAAGUGUUUCGGCGGAUUUUAAAUUUGUGUUAUCUUCAGAUUUUAUGUGUGUUUACGUGAGUUUCGUGAUAAUUAUAAUUCUUUGGACUUAGUUGGCGCUGGCAUUGGGUUCUGAAGUCAGCUGAAGGAAGCUUUCUCUUGCGGGUUGGCUUACAGUCAGCGGAAAGAGGUCACAUUAAAAACAUCGUACAAGUACCUACUUGGAACUGGGUGUGAGCCCAGAUACGGUGUGUGUAGUUUUAUGUAAUCGUAAUAAUACUUUUGAAGCGUACGAUGUCAAGUGGAAUUUUGUGAAGUAUCUUGUUAUGUUGUGUGCCCUUCACGGAUUUAAUUAAGUGUACAAAUUUUUCCGAAGAAUAGUGAAGUGUUUGCUGCGCAAGUUACUUUAUCAUUGUUAUGAUCAGCCAACAAGUGACCAGUGUCUUCAUUUAGUGGAUUGUAAACUUUUUGGAUUUCAAACAUUCCCAUGGCAAGUGUGGUGGAAAUUACAAGGUGGGAGACAUGAACGCAUCCCCGCAUAGUCACUCGCAUCAAGCAGGGUAGCUCUUAUAAGACGGUGCGCAACCGAAGUGCAGAUUAUGGACUACGGUUUCAAUAAUGUAUUCGAAGGGACGCGCCAGUAUUUCAUGGGGCUACCUAAACAGGCUCAGGCCGAGGGCAGCGGGCAGCCUGUCUGGCCGACGAGCGCGCCGCCGCCGGAAGAAGGAGCGCCCGCCCAGUCAGGAGCUCCCGCGCCGUCUUCUCGCCCGCCUUCUGCCGCCGCCGCGCCGCCUUCCACACCCGGGCCUACGGUGAUUGCGCCGCCGCCACGCCCGUCCCGCCCCCCUUCGGAACCUAUCGAGCCCGAGCCCCACAUAAUUCACAAAGCGACUGUGAUGCGCGAGGCAGCCGAGAAGAGACGAGAAAUGCCAGAUCCGGAAGAUGAAGAAGAGCCGAUGGGAGCGUUAUCACCGCCGUCGCACAUCAUUCGCAAGCCUACUCCGCGUACGCUGCCGUCCCCGGCGCCUGCACCCGCUGCGCCCUGUCCGUCUCCGGCGCGACCGCCCUCAACGGCGCCUCUCGCCCGGCCGACAUCGUCUGAACCUCAAAUAGAACAACAUGGGCAAUAUCGAUCGUCUAUUCAACGGGUGCAAACUCCAACGGCGAGGCCGCCGGAUCAAUAUACGCCGAGCAGACCGCCCGAUCCUUAUUCAUCUUCACGCCCUCCAGAAUCAUUCGCCCGAUUUCCGUACGAACCGACAGUACACGAUGGCGGUCGAAAUUCACACGGCCCGCCGGUGGCGUCGCCACAACCUAUCCCCGCACGACACAGUCCAACGACUUAUGCGAGGCUGUCCAGCGUCAUGCCACAGCAUGCCGUUGCUCGUUUACGUGAGUCUGCCGUCCAGAGCCCACCGUCAGCCCGCUAUUCUAUGCAACCGGCUCAGGCUCCGCCGCCGCACAACGAUCGUGUCCCACCGAUACAUCAUCCGCAGGCGCCGCCUCCUGCACAGAGGGCCGCCAUUGAAGGACGCUCCGCUCAAGCUUACCUGCCUCCGGUUCAUCGUCGUGAAUCGUCCUUGCCGCGUACAUCUCAUUACGAUAGGCAUCCAUCGAUACCCGCGCGGAAGUAUGAUCCUCAACAAGCAUAUCCAGGCUACAGACCCAGUCCUUCAACGCAAAAUCAUCGCGUCGAGGCGCUCCCUCAGUACAAGCAUAGUAGGCCAGAAGGUUUGAAUACACAUUUCGCAGUGAGACCUUCGGAACGCGCCCAGACUCAACCUCAACCGUUGGGCAAUGAGCCCACACGAAUACAGCCGCGAAUUGAUUUUCACGGGAAAAGUAGAUCUGUCGAUACUAGACCGAGUUACCAUUAUCCCUCACCGUCGACAUCUCAUGUAAGAUAUGCGCCUAGUGCACCAGUGCCGACCAUUCAUCAUAACACUUCACUCCAACCGAGAACAUCAUACCGAACGGUGGCCGUCGCCAAGACAAAUUAUAAUUAUUCGCCAGUGAAUCAAGUUCAGAGUUCACCCUCUCGUUCUUCAGUAAAGGCCGGCUAUAGUAAUCAACAAGCAAGAAUGACGGUUUCUGUGACGUCUAUAGUGAAUGAAUUGAACCAGACUAAAAGAGAGUCCCCUCUUGAUUUAUCCGUAAAAACUGUUAAAAACUCAGCCGACUCUUCUACGACUCAAGAUGAUGCAAUUGAUUCCGCGUCUUAUGAAAGUAAAUCGCUUCCAUUGCAACCGCGACCUACUUCCAGUAGCCGCCAAGUGCCGCCUUUACCGGGUUAUGUUGUAUCUCAUAAAGUUGAUUUUGCACCUGACUUUAAUCAAUAUAGAGAUAGAAAUACGAAUCAUAAUUGCGCUACUCCUCCACAACCAGUGCGCUACAACGGAACUUACGAGACUGCAAGACCUGUUGCUGAAAGAAUAGCGUAUCCUGUAGAAUCUCGCCAUCAACAUUACACCGAUCGUAGUAAAUAUAAUGGCCCCGUUCAGCCUAGGACAGAUUAUGUUCCUAGAAUAGACCUCACAAGAUCAGUUGCCGAUGAAAGACAGAUGGAAAGAGCUCGAGAAGAUCCCCAAAUUGUAAUGGAAGAACGAAAACGUCCAGCUGGACCUAUUGUAAGCAACAUUCCGGAAAAAUUAGUAAGAUAUGAAACAUGGACUUCAGAUAGCCGGAUAGAACGUAUGAGCCAAUCGGCACGUGAACAGCAUGAGCUAAUGAGUCGACCUGUGUAUAGUUACAGUAGUCAUAAAAGAUUUGAGGCGUAUCAAAAUGAUCAAAAAAGAGUUACAGCAUCAAACAUGUAUCGUGAUCAUCAUCCUCACACAACACAAAGGCACAGUCGUACCGUAUAUCCAGAAAAAGUUAAUCGCGAUAUCAGUGAUUAUCAAGCUCACUACCACGAUAGAGUUCCGUCUAGUAGCCGUCAUGUAAUACAGAAAAUUCCGAGCCAUAAAGAUGUACACCCCCAACAUUUAGAUGUGCAAAACGGUCCUGCAAAUAAGAGCGUUUUGAGUAUAUUAAGAAAUAGUUUAGAAACUAAACAAACAGGAUAUGUCGAAACGACAAGGCCUAUUCGACAGAUAUCCGAUGUAAUUGUCCUUGAUGACGUAGAUGAUUCUGUUAUAGAAAUUACAGAUUUAACUAAAGACGGUGAACAGGAACCGACGAAUAAAAAUGAUCCGAAAAUUCAGUCUAAUCAAAAUAAUUCCUUACUUGAUCAUCAUAUACAAAUGCCAAAGGCUGUAGACUCUUUCGCCCGUGAUUCUGAUUAUCAAAAGUGCGAUAACUCUGAACCAAAAAGUAAAUCGCCUGAAAACGACGUCGCCGCUAGAAUACGCACAAAAGCGGAAUUAAAAGUAAUGCCUCCGUCUCAAGAUAGCAAUCAAAAACAAGACAAAUCGUCUGAUUCUGAUUCCGAAAAGGUAAAAUUACUUCCCAAAUCUCAGAAACAACACCUUUUCAAUCAGAUUAGAGAAGAUAACUUACGAUUAGAAUCAGUGAUAAAAAAUGAAAAACCAAAUGAUGAAUUUAUUGCUGAAGUAAAAGCAGAGCCUAUGAAUAUUGAUGAGAUAGAAAAGGAUGCUGUAGCUUCAAUUAAGUCGGAAAAUAUUUUAAGGGGCUUAGAACCUGAAAAUUUAGUACCUCUAGACCAGUCAUCACCUGAAGACUUAGACUGGGCUAGUGCUUGUGAUAGUUUCAUGGAACAACUAAAAACAGGUUGUUCGAGGAAAAAAAUAAAUAGAAAACGCAAUGACACUCUAGAUCAUGAAACUGAAAUGAAAAUUCCAAAAGUUGUAAAACUAGGAACAGACGAAAGUACCUCGGAUCAAACUGAAAUUAAUACCACGACCGUUAUUGAAAUUAAGCAGGAACCCAUUGAUGAGGAUGAGAAAAUAGAAACUGAAACGAGCAUUGAAACUGGGCAAGACCUCAUUACUGAAAUACCUAAUGAAAUUGAAAAUAAUGAAAGUGUCGAAAAUAAAGAUAAAAAAGACGACGAGAAAGCACCUAAAUCCAAAACACAAGGGAAAAAUAAAACAAAACUAGAAAAAAAAGAUACCUUACCGACAUCUUCUGCAACACCCGUCAAAAAUGAUAGCCUCCCAUCAAAAGUGGUCAUAAAAGAAGAAAUGGAUUCAACAGAUGAAGACGAACCAUUGAUAAAAAGUAAAAUAAUGAAAGAAAAAGUCCAGAGAGAACUUAAAUACCAAAUGUUAAAGGAUUUAUCAGAAAAAUCUGUGUACGUAAAGCUGGAGUGUUGCGAUGAGCAAGUCAGCGGGAAUAGUAGAAAAUCUACUGAAAGCAUACCUAAAGAAAAAGUUGAAAAACAAGCUAAGGGAAAGACCACUAGGCUCAUAUCCAAAACAAAAGGCAAAACAUCGGUUGCUGAAAGUAAAAAUGAGAAACGAAAUGAUAUUUCUAGUUCUGAUAGUGACGAUGAUGUGAGUGUUGCAAGUAGACUUCGUAUGCGUAAAGUCAAUAAAACUGAUGACAACAAAAACGAAAUAACAAACAAAACUCCCACUAAGUCAUCUCCAUCAAAGAAAUUAGAUACAAGCAGUGCGAGCAAUAGUUCAACUCCAAUUCGUAAACCUGGUUUUGGAGAUGGCUCUAAUUUUCAUCCCGGAUGGGAAGACGAACUUUACAAAUACAAAAGAUCUCUCCGCAUGCCUACGAGGCUUAUAGCUAUACCUCGGGGACGAUCUGGAGAGCCAUUUGCUAAAGGCUCAGCUAAUUUAUUUACGCGAGGUUCGACUUCACUUCCAGAUUUAGAUCCAGUUCCACUGUCACCCGCUCCGUCAUCCUCUCAAUCGGCAGCGACGGAUGAUCUAUAUGGUAGACGCCCUGAUAAAAUGAAUUUGGAUAGUGACUUAGAUUCAAAUUCGAGUUGUUCCGCACCUAAUCGCCUCCAAUAUGACUCGGAGGCUUCAACAUCUACUGUUUUCUCUUCGUGUAAAGUCAAAAAGAAGUCUAGCUCUAUUGUCGAUGUUCUCAUACAAAAAUAUGGGAAAAAGGAAGAAACGAAGAAAAAAUAUAAAGAUAAAGAUGAAAAAAACGCUAAGAUUAUUCAAAAAAAUUCAAAUGUUUCAGAAUUACUAGCAACCCCAAGUUUGGGCCUAGUAAAAAAUGGCAGCAAAGGCAACCUGAGUGCAAAGAAAGAAAAACUAAUGGAAGAUAUAUUUUAUUUGGGAGCAUUCAGAAAAGAAACUGUUACGGCAUUUAGACAUGCCUUUAUCAAGAACACCGAUGGGUUACUUGGUACUACGGAGGAAUUUACGCCAAUGGUACUACAAACUAGAACAAGAACCGAGAGCCGUGUGCUGAAACAACGAGCUACAAUAAAAGAGGUGUUCGGAGACGAGAGACCGGCCUCAGCGCCGCCGACCUCCUGCAGGCAGGAGGAAGUAGUAGAGCCGCAACAAGAAAAAGUCGUCGAAGUUAAAAAAGAAUCUGAACCUAAACCAAAAUUGAAGCCAAGGAAAAUAGCGAAAGAAAAGAUGAAACGUAGAUCUAGCUCAAUACGAGAUGGCUUGAGAAGUACUAAGUCUUUGAAACGUAACGAUGCUAAAGGUCGUAUGCUACGGUUAAAAAAGAGAAAUAAUUUGAUGAAAACAUUCAAUGCUAAACGGAAAGAAUCCAACGCUAAUAAAGUUAAGAAAGAGAAAAGUCCGACGCCGGAAAACAAAGACAACUCAAAAGAAGAAAAUGGUACUCCCGAAACUGCAGAGACUAACACAAAGCGAAAAUUUAAACGUUUAUUUGGAAGAAGAAAAUUUAGCUCCGGAUUUGAUUACAUUCGGAAAAAGAAGAAAAUGAUAAGAAAAGAUGACAAUAAUUGCAACAAAAUACGUCGACCGGCGCCUAAGCCGAGUCCAGAGUCCGUCCAUGAUAUACAGAAGGAGAUUAAAAGUUGGUUUAUUAAUAAAAGUAUUGGAGAAACACACCUGCAUAGAGCCGCCAGACUUGGCUUUACUGAUUGCGUCGCAUACUGCCUGGAGAAAAUGGAGGCAGACCCCUCGGCGAAGGACAACGCGGGCUUCACGCCGCUACACGUGGCCGCCGCUAGGGGGCACGUGCGCAUCGCGCGCCUGUUGCUGCAGUACGGCGCCAACGUGUCCGCCGCCGCGCAGGGGGGCAUUAGACCAUUACACGAGGCGUCCGAGAACUGUCACGUGGAAGUGAUCCGGCUACUCCUAUCGUACGGCGCAGACCCGCUGCUGGGCACGUACGCAGGGCAGACACCGGGCGAGCUGGCGGAGGGAAGCGCCGCACUGCUGCUGCGCCUGCAUGUCGCUGACGUACAGGGGCAAGCGCUGGAGCCCUGGCGAUUCCCACCGCUCACUGAACCCAUCGACUGCGAGGAGCUGGGCUGCGACCCGCUGCAGUCUCCACCACCCGCGACAUCGCCGCCGCCCACUGACACCACUGUCGAGAUCCAAACGACGGACGCGCCGCUGCCGCCCUUUUACAGCCUGCGCUCUGCCGCCGGACAACCUGUGGACGGCCUCUGGUGUCUGCUGCAAGACAUCGCCAAUGUCUUACAGAUAAAAUCAAAAGAUAGUCUGCUGAAACAAAUACACUGCGGGUCCGGAUCCCCGAAGGAGUUACUACGCGAGAUUCGAACCCAAGAGUUCUUAGAGAGAGCGCAGUGCCACCAACUGCUGUGCGCCGGGGAGAAGGUCAACGUGCGAGCCUCCAAAGUUGCCCUCAUUAGGGUCACCGACAAGCUUCGACAGCUCCUCAAAAUAGAGACCGUACUCGUUAGCUGAUAUUAGAUAAAUGCCGCUUAAUUAUGUGUUCAUAGUGUGCAUUAUUGUAGACUCAUUCAAUUUAACCUUAAUUAUUGAACACAAACUAAAAAUUAAGGGAUUUCUAUAACUUAAUCGAUUUAACUAAAGAAACUUGAAAAGUACUGCAUAACACAUGAAACACCAAACUUUAUAAACAAGAUUUUUAUAAAACAAUAGUUCCAAGCAAUCAAGUUUGUUGUUACAAUAAAAGAACAUACAAGUAUAAUAUAUUUUGUAGAUUAAUGUGCUUUUUAUAUAGUUAUUUUGUUGUACAAAAAUGCAUAAUACACAUUUUACAUAUAACAAUAAUUCCACAAGAUCUUGAAACCGAGCUGAUUUGACUGAUUUAUUGUAAUGAACAAGAUUGUACCUCAUGUAGGUAACAAACAAAGAAUAUUCGAUUUAUGAGACUGUAUAAUUUAAGGCAGCCAUUAUGUAUUCAUGUUACUUUGCUUUGAGUGUGAAAGAGAGGUUGUAUUUACUCUCAAAUAUGUAAAUUAUGUAUAUAAUUGUAAAUAGUUUAAAUGUCGCUUAUGUAUGAUAUUCUCAUGGGUGCUAUUUAAUGUUGGUGUAUGGGUUAGUUGUUAGUUAAAUAAAGUGCAUCAGCACGGUAGUGUAAUUAUGAAAUUAAAUUAAUGAGAUAUAGUUACCAUAAUGUUAUUUAAGUGUUUAGCAUAAUUUGAUCUGUGUGUGCAAUAGGAGGCGUGGGUAGAUGAUUUUAUUUGUAUAACAGAGAUGGGCCCGCACAUGGUUGGAUACAACUCGGGCAUGAUAACUUGAGAGUCAGUCUAUAACCUAAACCCAUCAUGAUCUAAACUGAUUGGAUACUUUUCACGAUGCUACGACGUCAUUGGACUACUAUACUAUACUAUCAUUUACACACAAGUACUACAAAUAAAUUUAUUUAUUCUUUUUUAUAUUUAACAUAGAAACAACUGUCCGGAAAUGCUAAAUUUGCAAUAUUCUUCAAAAUACUGUGCUAAAAUAUUAAGAUCUCAUAUUUUCUGAUACAACAAUGAGUGUGUUGAACCAUUAAUCAAAUCGUAAAUGCAAUUCUGUGUAUGUAAAAAGAUCUGUAAUAUGCAAAUAGUAAAAGUUACUAUGUCCGUUGGUAUCACAUAUAUAAAUUAAUUGUUGUGUACUGUUAAUAAUAUUGUUUGCACUAUAUCAUACAUGUUUUGAGAUUAUGUUAGGGAAUAUUUUUUCUAUCUUCUAUUAUUUAGUGAGUACAUUUUUUUUUGUUCAUUGUUAUGUUUGCCAAUAUUUGUCUACCCGAAAUACGUUUUAUUAUUGUACAAUUAUUUACAAUAAUUAGAAUGUCAAUUUAUGUUUUAUUAUUUAUACAAUGCUGUAAAUGAAUUAGGAAAAAUUUAUGAAAAAAAAUAAUAUGCAUAUCGCAAAAAAUAUCUAUUAACAUUGUAAAUAAUACGAUCGAAAUUAUUUUCUAACUUAUUCAGAAGUGAUAUCUUGUCUUAUAACUGCCGGUUACGUCCUACCCGCAACGCGUAUAUUACGGCAUUUACUUAGUGUGUAAUAUACAAAUAACAUUUUUGGAACAUUGUAUAAAUUAAGCAGUUUUUAUUUUAUAUUCCGCAUUUGAGACCACCUCAUAUCCGCCCUAUAUUUCUUAAUGGAGACAAAAAAAAACGAACAAGUACAUGAUAAAUCUGUGAUGAAAUAAUAUUAGGGAGAUAAUCUUGUGCGCGGAAAUGGUUUGAAGAUAAUAAAUUAUAAAGAUGUAUACAAUCACAAUGCCUCUCCGUUGUUAGCAGUACAUACAGUGUAAGUAUUAUUAAUAAUUAUUGACACAAUACUUGUUGGUAACAUGAAAAUAAAAAAAGUGAUCAAUU